AUGGUCUAUCCAUCACCAAUCUCGGGCCGUCAUGAGAUGUCACCUCGAGAGAUCGCAUCAAAUUCCACUUUAGGGGUGAGUCUGAGAUCUGAUGUCCCUCGUGCGGAACAAGACUUGAUAGUCUUGAUCCCAAAUGCUUCACUGCAGAUUAUGUUGAGAUGCACUUGCCGAUCUUUGAGAACCACCGUACAGUUUGAGAAGAUCAUUGCAGUAUCACCAAAGCCUAGUUGGCGUACUCGUGGACUCUUGAUGGCGGCAGCACUGACAGGAUUAACAAUCGAAAUCCCCGAACAACCAUACAACUCUGAUGAUUUGAUCUAUGCAUUUGAAAGUAUCGAUACUUCCGACCGAAAACAGGGAAUUCAUCCUGGACACGGUUCUGCACGUGCAUGGCUGGCGCAUCUCGACAUUAUGAAAUAUGUUAUUGCGUCCCACAUGUCCAGCGCGUUCAUAGUCGAAGAUGAUGUCGAUUGGGACAUCAAUAUUCAUAGCCAGAUGAGAUUGGUCUCUGACCAUACACGGGAGUUCUUGCAGGCGCCCUUGACUGAUUCAAGCCCUUUCGGACAUGGCUGGGACGUUCUUUGGCUGGGCCAUUGUGGAGACGAGCUAGCAGAAGAGAGCCUCGCCUACGCCGAUUCGACCAUCCUCGAUGUUGAGAUCUCGACUGGCUGGUCUAAAAAGUACGUACUGAUCGAACAAUUGCCCCAUGGGCAUCGUGCGGUGCAGUACGUGCAAGACGUCGGGUGCACAUUUGGUCAUGGUGUAACACGGCUUGGAGCGAGGAGGAUCCUCCAAUUCCUUGGUGCAGGUCAAGACGAGGCCUUUGACGUUGCGCUCAUGAAUCAAUGUCGAAAGGGCAAUCUACAGUGUAUCACUGUUCUGCCGGAGUUGAUGCACCACUAUACUCCAAAAGAGAGAACCGGUUAUAUAAGCCCGAAUGAUGAAACGGAAUGA